CUUGACUGGCUUAUUUGAAUCCAGUGAGGGAGGAGGACAAGACCUCCGAUCCUCUGCGUUUAGAGCCGAUAGUCUCUUAUCUCAGCAUCCGAGAAACACUCCCGCUAAUCGCACAUCACUGGGGUCGUGUGCGCCGACUUCCCAAAGAUAGAUAGAUAGAAGGGGGAAGCGAUUCUGGCUUCGAGACUAUCCGAAAAACGGAUAGUCUCGAGUAGAAGUUCGGAACAAGAGGAAAUACACAGAUAGAUAGAAAGAAAGAAUAGUAUUAUUAUUUUUUCCUCCUACAAAUCAGCCAGUUUAAAACAUCAAAAAAUGACUAGAAGAUCGUGUGCCAUUUACGCCACCGGAAUCGUGUGCGCUCAUUUGCUUAUUUUGGGAAUCGCCCUUCUGGUGGCUCAAGUCUUCCAAACAAUGAUUCAAGAACGGAUAAAAAAGGAGAUCACACUGGCUGAGAACAGUAGAGUAUUGGACGGCUGGAUAAAUCCACCACCACCUGUUUACAUGCAGUAUUUCUUCUUCAAUGUUACCAAUCCAGAUGAGUUUUUGGCUGGGAAGGAAAAGCCCAAAGUCACUCAAAUAGGACCAUAUACCUACAGGGAAUAUCGACCAAGGGAAAAUGUCACUUUCCUAGAGAAUGGGACGAAAAUCUUUGCCACAAAUCCCAAAAGCUUUGUGUUUCUCCGCGACAUGUCAGUGGGAGAUCCUGAGGUUGACCGUGUGACAACGGUUAACAUUCCAUUCAUUGCCGUGAUGAACGAGUUAAACUCCUACUCCUUCUUUCUGAGGUCUUUUGUGUCUAUGUGGAUGGGAUCCAUGGGCAUCGAGGUGUUUAUGAAUCGUACAGUACAUGAGGUCCUGUGGGGUUUUAAAGAUCCACUGCUGUCCAAACUCCACACCAUGAGACCAGAAGUGGAUGAGCAUUUCGGCCUUAUGUACAAUAAAAAUGGAACCCAUGAGGGUGAAUUUGUCUUCCACACUGGAGAGAAGAACUACAUGGACUACGGCAAGAUUGACACGUGGAAUGGCAUCAGUCAGAUGAACUGGUGGUCGUCUAACCAGAGCAACAUGAUCAAUGGUACGGAUGGCAGUGUCUUCCACACCUUCCUGUCCAGGAAAGAGCUCCUCUACAUCUUUGCUGCUGAUCUGUGCCGAUCCAUUCAUUUGGGUUACGUGGCUGACACAGAGGUGAAGGGCAUCCCUGCCUUCCGCUUCGCCCCGCCUUCAGAUGUGCUGGCUCCCCCAGAUGAGAACCCCAAUAACGCUGGCUUCUGCGUGCCUGCUGGGGAUUGUCUAGGAAAAGGAGUCCUCAAAGUCAGCGUCUGUCGGCAAGGUGCACCCAUUGUUGUGUCAUUCCCUCAUUUCUACCAAGCCGAUGAUAGGUACAUCAGUGCCAUUGAUGGAAUGAAUCCAAAUGAGGAAGAACAUGAAACGUACCUCGACAUCAACCCGACCACAGGGGUUCCCAUUCGUGCCUGUAAGAGAGCUCAGCUCAAUGUCAUACUGAAGAGAGUCCCUGGCUUUCCCAAAACAAAAUUCCUGAAUGAGACAAUUUUCCCCAUCAUGUAUGUCAACGAGACCGCAACUAUCGACGAUGAGUCUGCAGCCCAGAUGAGGACGCUUCUGCUGAUUGUAACGGUGGUUUCCAACUUCCCAGUCAUCAUUGUGGGACUGGGGGCCAUUUUACUUGUGAUCCUGAUCUUCCUCGUCUGCAGAAACCGCCAGAGAAAGAAUGAAGUAAAACGUAUUGAUUUUACUGAAGCUUUUCAUUCUUUUGCUAAAUGUGGCAGAGAUCUUCAGUCUGUCAAGCUGGACAGUCUUCAGUGUGUGAAGCAGGAGAGUCUGCAGUCUGCGAAGCUGGAGGAUUUGCGGUCUGUGAGCAUGCAGAAUCUGCAGUAUUUGAAGCUGGCGAAUCAGCAGUCUGUGAGGUUACACAUUGUGAAAUCAGUGGAGCUGUAG